AUGGAGGACGACGAGGAGGAGGACGACGACGAAGGGGUAGACUGGACCCGUCAAGCAGAGUUCGGCCCCUCCUUCGGGCGCGACGUCACAGAAAUGGUGUUGGAGAUGGAGGCCCUCAUCAACAAUGCCCUCGGUGGGCGUGCCGCUGCGGCGCCGUGUGCAGCAACCGAGAGGACCACGGCGACGGUCGUCGAGCAGCUCUUGGGUCCACGUGGACAGGUCGACCGCGGUCUCUUGGACCUCGGCGUCGAGGGCCUGAUGGUCGAGAGCGGCGAGAGGCUCAGUCUCGAGCUUCUGCUGGGAGGAAGCGACGACGAUGGCGGCGGCAGCAGUGGCAGCGACAGCAUGCUCCUUGCGGACAAUUGCCAGCGAGGCGAAGGAGACGAGCAGCAGCAAGAGCUCGAGGCGCAGGCCAGCAUGCGAAGGCGCCUGGCGGCAGAGUUCGAAGAGGAGAGGCGAAGGGAGAAGGAGCGUAACCGACGAGGAGCCUCAUCAGACCAGCCCCACCGCACCGGGAGCGACUUGCGACGCGCCAGUUCCACCGCGAGCGGGAGUGGUGCCGACAAGCGGCCAAAGCGCGAUCGAGACCGAGACCGAGACGCGAGAGGAGGCAGCACUUCCUCCGCCAGGGACAAGGAACGAGAGCGAGAGCGAGAUCGAGAGCGGGACAGAGAGCGCGAUCGCGAGCGCGAGAGGAGCAGAGAGAAGGGAGAGGGCCACAGCAGCCGUGACCGAGAGAGGGACAGCAAAGAAGGCGGCGGCAGCGGCAGCGGCAGCAGGGAGAGGGACAGGGAGAAGGACAGAGAGAGGGACCGAGACAGCUACCGGGAGCGAGACCGACAGCGGGACAGGGAGCGAUCGUUCACUCGCGAGCGAGACCAUGGCCGAGACCGCGGAGACCGGGGCGGGGAGUUUCACUCUCGCGAGCGAGACCGAGAACGCGACUCCUACACCAGCAAUCCAAGGGCCGAGCGCGACAGCUACCGGGUGGAGCGUGACGGAUAUUCGCGAGAUCGAGACUACGCCGGGGGCCUCUAG